AUGCUGGCUGCAUGUACGCUUAUCCCUCACUUGCCAGACUUAUACCAGACACUUGAGCUCGGACAGGAUCCAGUUCAACCAAAGAAAAUGCGCUAUUGGCGGUUGAGUAGCAAAGCACAUUGUCUCGCUACAAUCUUCUUUAGCUCUGCUCUUGCAGCAGCAUCGGUAGUUGGCGGCAAGGUGUGCGGGAAAGCUUGCCGACAAACAUUCCGGACACUGCGAUUCUCGGAUGCUCCUGAUGGAGUCUUUUUCGCAGUACAAGAGUGUACCAGCCGUUUAUAUCAGCAAUCAGUCUAUCUCUGCUGGGAGAUUUACUGCCCCAAAAAUGUCUGGAUCUCGGAGUCAAGAAGAAUAAAUCAAACAUGUCAAGAGAUCGACGGUUCGCAUUUUCCACCGCAUGAUAUCAUUGCUGGAUUUACAGAUGAAGAUGUGGUUCAGAUUGCCAGAUUCAACGCAACAAGCCCGGACCGUAUAUAUCCCUUUGACCAGUUGAUGUUGCCAUCACAAGACUUUCACGAUCUUUGGGGCCGUACGCUGGAUGCACAUGAUUACAUAUGGGAUAACCAUUAUUAUUACGGUUGGGCAAUGGGAAUGUUCUGGGCAGUGGUUGCUGCAGUCGGAGUUGUAAACCGAGCGCUCAAAAAAUGGGUGACUUGUAAACCUCGAGCGUUUAGUCCUCAGCAACGAAGAGACGUUUGGUUCAAGCGUAAUAUUCUGGCGCCAGCCACUUUUGGCCGGCGCUGCGUCCAGGACUUUGGAGGCUGGGGUACUUUGCCUCCACGUGCGCAGACAUUAACUCUAACGUUGUUUGUGCUCAUCAACAUAGUAUGCGUCGUGCAUGGGUACAGGUUCUUUGAGGGUUACGGCUAUUAUCCGACUGUAGGAAUGCAAAUCCUCCGCCACGUCUCUGAUAGAACGGGCAUUAUUUCGUUUGCCAACUUUCCCCUCAUAUGGCUUUUUGGAAUGAGAAAUAAUGUGGUCAUCUGGCUGACAGGCUGGGAUUUCAAAACAUACAACAACUUUCACCGCUGGGUAGGUCGGCUUGCCGCCCUGCAAGCAAUCAUCCACUCAGUGGGAUACACGGCCCUCAUUCUAGAGAGAGGUGGUUGGGAUUACUUCUGGCGUAUGUGCAAUAUGACGUACUGGUGGGCUGGCGAGCUGGCAACAAUUUUCAUGUGUUCUCUUGUCGGCCUAUCAGUCUAUUGGCUUCGGCGUAGGCAAUACGAGGUCUUCCUCGUACUUCACAUAGUCUUGUCGAUCUUGGUUCUUAUAACCAUGCUGGGGCAUGUGUCAAUAUUCAAAGGCGAUUAUGAUGCUCUCGUGUGGGUUCCGGCCAUGAUAUGGGUACUAGACCGCGCUGUACGCGGCGUGCGGAUCGUCGCCUUUAGCCCGCAGUUCUGGAACGUAAAGGCCCAGAUCACCUACAACGAGGACGCACAUAUGAUUCGCAUGGCUGUCCCGGCGUCAUCCAGUUUAUACAACAUCGAGCCUGGGUCAUUUUACUAUCUCAUGGUGCUCAACAAGUGGAACUUUUGGGAGAGCCAUCCAUUCACCGUGGCAUCGGUGUCAAGGACUGCUCCGUGCGAAGCAGGAUCCCUGAACGAGCACUCGCCUUUGUUGAACUACUCAUCAAAUGCCUCUGAAGAAGUGAGAUGCUGCCCGGGAAAGUCCAAACAAGAAAUGGGGUUUUUGAUCCGCCCUUAUGAUAGUUUCACUUUGCGUUUGAAAGAGUAUGCGGAGACCCAGCGGCCAAAGCCAGCUACAAUACGAGUGGCUAUUGACGGUCCUUAUGGGAAGCCUCUACACUUGCAACAGUUCUGCAAGGUGCUUUUUAUAGUUGGAGGCAGUGGAAUUGCUGUCCCACUCUCCUAUCUUGACAGGCUUACAAUGUCUCCGAUCCGGCCAAAACUGAUUCAUAUCCACUGGGCAGUACGUCAGUGUGCUCUGGCAGUUGAUGUACUUAGUCAUGAGCUCAAUGGUUCAUUCAACAGCGAGCAAGUCAACAUCAAUAUCUAUGUGACUGGUGUUGAUAGCAGAAGAACUGAAGAUGAGGGCAUAUGCCGCCUUGCAGAGUGGAAGUUUAGGCGGUUAAAUGUUGAAGAUGUUAUAGAGGGUGCCCUUAAUACCGGAGGGGAAGGGAGCCUUGCGGUCGUCACAAGCGGCCCGGCCAGGAUGGCCGACGAGAGUAGAUAUGCAGUAGCAGCCAGGAUGGUGCAUUCUUCGCCCUAUAUCGAAUUUUUUGAGGAGAGUUUCCAGUGGUAG